AUGUUACUUCUGUUUGCUGCAACCUUUGCACUUUCAGUGACUUCCUUGGAAAUUCAUCAAUCUGUUUCAGAAGUGGAAAAGGGCGAUGAAAUGCAUUAUUUUAUUUCAGAGCGACAACAGUUACCUCAUAUUCGAUUGAUUCGAGAUUUACUUUCUACCAAGAGGUAUGAUCCGAGUGUUCGACCGGUUGGGAAUUAUUCCAAAUCGUUAACGGUGCACAUCAGUAUGAGUUUAUACCAAGUCGUCGAUGUGGAUGAACCAUCACAGUAUUUGACCUUAAAUAUAUGGAUGAUUCAGAAAUGGGUGGACGAAUUUCUGGAUUGGAAUCCUAGUGAGUAUGACAUGAUCAACUAUACAGUGCUCCCGCAUAGUGCUUUGUGGAUCCCUGAUACUUUCAUCUACAACAGUGUGGUGAUGAGUCGUGAGGGAAGUGAGCGAUACAUGAAUGUUGCUGUAAAAAGUAGACAUUGGAAAGAUAAGUGUGGUGCCGAAGUAUUCUUCUUAUAUCCAGCACUUUACACUAUACGUUGCCGCAUAGAUAUACGCUAUUUUCCGUACGAUCAUCAGAACUGCACUUUAACUCUGGGUUCAUGGACAAGUAGUAAGGCUUUACUUAAUUAUACGACAGAUAAAGCAGUUAAUAUGCAUUCGUAUAUACCGAACGAAGAAUGGGAUAUUCUUUCAUUUAAUCUCUAUCGCCAUGAAUAUCUAUAUGCCUGUUGUCAAGAUCCCUGGGUCAUUAUCGAAGGAUCUCUGAUCAUCAGAAGGAAGCCAUUAUAUUACGUAGUCAAUCUCAUUAUACCGACAACCAUUUUAACAUUGGGUUUUUUUAAUUUAAAAAUUGUAAAAGCAUCUUUGAAUGUAGCAGAUGUUUCAAGAGUGCAGUCAGGAAAAUGCAGAAUGGCAAUAGUUGGCUUCUUUACGCCAGCUUCAACAAACGAUGAAAGAACGGAAAAAAUUACGAUCGGUAUCACCGCCCUAUUGGCAAUAUCCAUCCUGAUGUUAAUGGUUUCUGAUCAAAUGCCAACAACUUCGGAUUUUGUGCCUCUUAUUGCUUGGUUCUAUUUGUCAAAUAUCAUCGUCAUUUCCACAGCAACAUUUUGUACUUGCACUGUUCUCUGUAUUCAUGGCCAUCAUAAAAACGGUAAAUUACCGCCUGUUCUUAUUCGAAUAUUAUUCUUCAAGUAUAUCUGCAACUAUUUGUGUAUUUCUCCACCAUACGAAUUGAUUAUGUUAUGGAAUGGAAAAGAGGGAAAUGUCCUUCAAAGGUUGAAACAAAAGAAGAAAUCUAUACAGUAUACGGUACAGUCGUUGGAUAAAGAAAAGUUAACUCUCACUGAAUUAUCAGUGAAAUCACCAAUGCAAGGAAUCCUCGAGAGUGAAACUAAUAAAGAAGCACAGCAGGGAGCGCAGAGAUUAUCAGCGAAAGAAAAUUGGACUCAAAUUUCCUUCAGACUGAAAGAUAUUUUACAUAAAAACAGAGAUCGAUCAGAAGUUAUACCCAAAGAAAACUCAUUGACUUCUUUGUUGCAAAAGAUGCGAAAAACAUCUACAGUUCACUCAGAUCGGAGGAAUCUAUCACUUUGGAAUAGUGCAGUUCAAUUUGUACGAUUUACAAGCAAUGAUUUAUCACAGAAGCCUGAAUCAGCCGAAUUAAAAUCAAUGAAGUAUCACAGACAAUGCACAUUGGAAUGGGAAUUCUUGGCUACAGUAGUAGAUCGAAUUUUUUUGUUACUUUUCUCAACUAUUACCAUACUCAUUAUUAUCGUUCUAGCAAUAACAGCCAAAUUGGCUCAGUAUCGCUUCAAUACUGCAUUAGAGAUCGCCCAGAAUUGA